GUGACGUUUUAAGCCACGUGACAGCAGUCAGCUGAUACACAGAACCCGGAAAUUUUGAUUUCUACCUCAGAUGAGUUACAGCCUUUUGUUUGUUCUCUGUUUUGUGGAUCAUAAAACUGCAAACCAUGAAUGAUAGUUAGUUUAUUAAACCUCGGUGUGUUUGGAGAAUCUGAAUCCAGAAUCUGGUGGCGUUUUAAACCUGAAAAAAACAAACAAACGAGAUGGAGUUGCUGCUGGAUCCCUCUCACCUCCUCAGAGGUUCCUCUAAUGGCACGAACACCACUGACCUGACGUAUGGCUUCGUGUCCUGCGCGGUGUCCGUCCUCUUCUACGGGAGCAACUUCGUUCCUGUAAAGAAGAUCGACACUGGCGAUGGCAUGUUUUUCCAGUGGGUGCUUUGUGCUGCUAUAUGGACGGUGUCUAUGAUUGCGAACAUCAUUUUGAGCAGCCCAAAGUUCUGGCCUCUGGCUAUGCUGGGAGGAGCCAUCUGGGCUACAGGUAAUGUCACAGUUGUGCCCAUACUUAAGACCAUAGGUCUCGGGCUAGGCCUUUUGAUAUGGGCUACCUUCAACCUCCUGAUGGGCUGGGCCAGCUCACGAUUUGGCUGGUUUGGUAUCGAGCCGGAGAAAGUCACCAAACCAACACUUAACUACUGCGGAGCCGGGUUGUGUUUGCUUAGCGCUAUCGUCUUUUUCUUUGUGAAGAGUGACGUUCAGAGAUCUGCUACAUCCGAAGAGACGCCUCUGCUAAUAGACAGUACUGUGAACAAUGACCCUCAAACAUCAUCAGAUAACUCGUGGGUGGACAUGUUGCCACCCUUCACUAAGCGCCUGGUCGGUUCGGCGCUUGCCGUAGUAGCAGGACUCCUUUACGGCUCGUCGUUCAUCCCAAUGCUGUACAUCAAAAACCAUGCGGAUCAGCAGGACAGCCAGUUUGUUGGGGCGAGCCAGUUCGAUCUGGAUUACGUCUUUGCUCAUUUCAGUGGGAUCUUCCUCACCAGCACUGUGUACUUCGUCAUCUAUUGCGCCUUCAAAAAGAACAAACCGCAAGUGUUCCCUAAAGCCGUGCUCCCAGGGUUUGUUUCCGGGGUGAUGUGGGGCGUGGCCACAUGCUGCUGGUUCCUGGCCAAUCACUACCUGAAACCAGUGGUGAGCUUCCCGAUCAUCACUACGGUUCCUGGGCUUAUUGCUGCUUUGUGGGGGGUAAUGGUUUUUAAGGAAGUACAGGGACUGAGGAAUUACCUGGUGCUCAUCCUGGCGUUUUGCAUGAUCGUGACUGGAGCGUUACUGACCGGCUUCUCGCUGUAGUUCCACAUCAACACCACACGGUGGUUCCAUACAGUCACUGUUAACCUUUAUAAACCGUUCUGUACCACAGAAUGAUGUGCUCAUGAAUAAUGUCCUGAUUACUGUGAAGCAAUGUCAAAGUCAGACAAUAUAAGCCGAUAAAGACACAAAACCUGAGUCUUCUCAUUUUAAUGCCAGUUCUUUGGACAGACUGUAACUGACCUGUAAUAUUCACUGCAUUUCUUUCAAUCACGUUUACAGCAUGAAGGACCUCGUUUUAAUUUUCGAGUUGCACUUUUUAUAAUUACUGUCGAGGUCACUGAAAAAGAGAUUGAGAUGUUUUAACCAUGUCAUGUGUGCUUAUUAAUAUUAAGUGCCUUAUUGAUUGCCUGCCACUUUGUUUAAUGUUAUAUUAUUAUGAAGGGAUUGCAGUCAGGCAGCUGAUUAUGAGGGCAAACUUCAUCAGAAUUUUAACAUUUUAAUAAAAGCUCUUGUUUUGAUAAA